AUGGGUGUCGAUAACACCUCUGAAUCCGUUGCUCGUGACCUUCCAAAGGCAACUUUGGAAGGUGGAUUCGCUCGGAGCAUAGUAUCGACCCCGCUAAAUCCCCUCCCAGAGCCGCGCGUUCGACUGCCUCCGCCAAGUGGUUCCAGAACUUCACCUGCAACAACAGCACACGCUGGGUCGUAUCGAAAAGAAGCGCGACGUCAACUGUUGCCAACUGGAAUGCACCGACAUCAAGCAGAGGCGGAGGCAGGGUCAGCCUAA